UAGAAAUGAUAACAAUUCGUAAAGUUCAUUUAUCUAAAAGCAUGGUUCGUUAAUUGCGUCGUGAGAAUUUAUUAAGUUACAUCAUUUUAUUUUUAAAUGUUGAACGUAGUGAACCUUCCUUGCGCCGAGAAUUUAUCGAGGAAUAAUUUUUUUAUACGUAUACGCGAUGUGAUUAUAAGAAACAAAUCUCAGGGAUACGAUAGACUUACAUUAAGUUAAAAAUCUCAGGUACAAAUCAUGGAGAAAAAUAAACUCUCGAUGGCAACGAAUAAUGACUUCGCCAAGAAAACCAAUCAACCCGAGCGUUAUAAGAUUAAAGUCAGUGGUUUGCCGCGCUUUUAUGCGAUGGCGGAUCCACUGUUGCAAGAAUUUCUGAAAUGUAUUAGACAAGAGUUGAAACUGAACUGUAUAUACGCGAGAUUUGUCCGUAAGGGUAAUGCUUGGCUGUAUCUUACUUUUCCUUCAGCGGAAGAGCAACAAAAAGCAUUAAAUGCUUUGAAACGUUACCAUUGGAAAGGACGUACAUUAGUUAGCAUGCUCGUUACGUCAGAUGUGCUGAAAAGAAAAACCGAUGGCUCGGAAGACGAAGUCGUCAGUUACGAUUCGAAAAAACAAAAAAUAGAUAUACCAAUAUCGGAACAAGUACUCAUGUCGACCAUUCCGUAUUACAGUCUUUCGUACGGAGAACAACUUCGACAGAAAAACGAAGAAGCUCAUAGUUUAGUUUGUAGACUGCACGAAAUUCUUACCAAAAGAGGCCCCCAGUUGGUUAACUGGUGCACGCAGCGAAAAAAACUGCUCAACAGUAGUAUACCAUUUGUAUUAGAUCACAUCAGACCGUCACCGAUUAUCGAUGGAUAUAGAAAUAAAUACGAAUUCUCCGUCGGCUUAAAUCCAGACACAGAGACCGUAGCGGUCGGUAUACGCGUACAGGAUAGACGCGACGGCAUUCAUCACGUUGGUCCCGCUGAUGGGCUACGUCAUUUACCGAAACCUAUGAUCUCUUUAGUUAAGAUAUUUGAGAAGUUCGUUGUCGAAAGAGGCGAUGAAUGGGAUUUCUGGUAUCAUUUAAUAGUGCGAAUAAAUCGUAACGGCGAAAUAAUGGUAACCGUAUCGACGAAUCCGAAUAAGAAACAGCUAAGCGAAGAUAAAAUGGAAAAUUUGAAGGACGAAGUUCGUAAAUGUUUCACUACGACAUCGGAGAAUGUGGUUUCGUUAUAUUUUCAAGUGCACGGAGACAAGCCGAUUUCGGAUACCGUUGGAAUCCCGAGUAAAUCGGAAUUAUUAUGGGGCAGAGACCAUAUUAAAGAGAAGUUAUUAAACUUAGAGUUAGAAAUCACACCCGUUACCUAUUUUCGUAUAAAUAGCGCAGCUGCCGAGAUAUUAUGUCGUUCGGUCGCCGAACUGGCAAAUGUAGAUAAAGAAACAACGCUUUUAGAUUUAUUCUGCGGAUCUGGAAGCUUAGCGUUGACAUUAGCGCCUAAAUGUAAAGAAGUCAUCGCCGUCGAAUUGAUCGAAACCAAUAUCAAAGAUGCUCGUAAAUACGCCGAAAUAAAUAACAUAACGAAUUGCGAAUUCAUCGCUGGUAAAAUCGAAGACAUAAUUAAUUCGAUUUUGACGAAAUUAAAAAAUAAAAAGGUGGUUGUUAUAUUGGAUCCGCCGAGGACUGGAGUAGAUCCUACUUUGGUCAAAACGUUACGCGAAUUCAAAGAAGCCAUCAGAUUCAUCUACGUAUGCUCGAAUCAUAAACUACCGUUGAAAAAUCUGCUCGAUUUCAGUUCAUUGACCGGACAGGCGACCGAUCCAGAUCCGAUAAUUCCUGUGCGAAUUAUACCGAUCGAUAUGACUCCUCACACGUUACGUUCCGAAUUGGUCAUCCUAUGCGAACGAUUCGAUUUAUCAUCGCUGACAUUCAGACAACGAAAAAAUUCCGACAAAAGUCCGACAUGUAUGGAAACUGGUGCUACAAAAUCAUUCUACCCGACAUCCGCCACUAACCGAAACAUAUUGUCGCCUCCGGGAGGCGGCGUACACGCGAAAUACGCGAAUUUCCCCAAUACCGCACAUCACAAUAGAUCACCGGCGAAUUUCUCGACAUCUCCGCAAAGCAAUUUCUCCAACCGAUUCCUCAACUCGACAUCGUUUCCUCCUCGCGUUCCGCCUUUCAACAGCAACAGCAAUAGCUUUUGUUCUACGAGUUUGGAAGACUUUUACGCCGAAGAUAGAUAUUCGUCGUUUAGACGCGAUUUCGAAAAAGCAAUCGAUUCGUCGUAUUCGAGCUCGUUCGAUCCGUCGGUCAACGCGAAUGAAUUUUUACCUUUGGAUAUGGUGCGAAAAAUCGAAGAACGAGCUUUCCGAGAAGGCCUAACGAGAGGAAUACAACAAUGCGCUUACCAAGUAGGAUACCAAUUAGGAUUACGAUCGUCGGCCGAAAAACUACUCAAUUACGACGACCUGAUCGGAUUUCCCAGCGGUGGCGGAGCUAGCGGAAGCGGUACCGGUAGCAAUACCAGUAACAAUAGCAGUUCGGGCAUAUGGGAACCUCCGAAUGGCAAAUUCAGCCCAUCGACAGCCGCUGAAUCGUCAUCGUCGUCGUGGCUAGGUAGUCCUUCGAUGUCGUGUCCGAAUGCGAAUGGGUUUCAGAAUUGGAAUCGUUUAUCCAGUCCUACCUUUGGAAAUGUAGGAUCGUUAAGCGAUCCACCUAAUCAGAAUGUGCUGUGGAAAUGAAUUACCUGUUGGUUUUUUUUAAACGAUUUUUUUCUAUUCUUUUCUUCUUUUUAAUUACGUAUUAUAUUUCGGUGUGUUUUUUCGUUGUAAGAUUUAUUUGUUGAUUAUGUUUUUUUUUUCUUGAUUUUCUCUUUUUUACGUUUAGUGAUAAGGAUGGCGAACAGGCGACUUUAAGUUUGUAUGUUUUUUUUUUAAACGAUGUAUUCUCUUGUUUUUUUUUGUUAGUAUUUUGAAGAGGUUUUAGUUGGAAUGUUUCUCAUUUAAUAUUGCAAUGUUAUUUAAAAAAAUUGAUAGUCAUUUUAAUAAAUUAAGAUGGUAUGUUCGA